AUGGAACCUGUUAAGUAGCAAUGUUAAGGAAAGGCACUUCUGUAACCACAUCAAUGCUUUCAAAUUCCACAAUGUUGGUGGGGUGGUGCCGCCUCGGGAGGAGGCGGUUGAGGCGGAGGAGAGGCGGCACCAUACGGCUGGGGAACAAACGUCGAGGUUUUUGCUUAGGGUCGCGCUUGGUGGUUCAGUGGGGGGUCAUGGUGGGUCCCCUAAGGAUGUUGAAGAAGAUCAUCAUGCAAAUCACUCCCAAUGGACGAUGGAUAGAGGCUUACUACAUGUACUUGCCCUUCUUACGCCCUCAAAUCUUUCCUCUUUGUUGAUACAUAAUUGGGUAUUUAUAUUGAAUACUUUUUUUUUCUUGGGGGGUUAACCAUGUAAUAAGGGGACUUCAACCCCUAAUUCAAGAAAAAAAAAAAACCGUGUUUAAUGAAGUGAAAUUACUUUC